UACCAGAAGUCUAUAUAAAGGGUUCAGGAAAUGAACUCUAUUCGAUGCUUAUAAGUAUAAAAUAUUUGGAUGUCAUUGACAUAGUGAUGCGCUUGAACAUAACGUAAGACUUUAAGUAUCUUACUUAAAGACAAAUAACAAAGUUUUAAAUAGUAAUUUUGUUUCGAUCUUGACAAUGACAGUUGAUUUGAAACGUCGAAUGACUGUAGAUGCAAGUAUUUACGAAGAAGUGAUAAGAUAGUAGGCCAUCAAAUAUUGUGAUUGGAGUUUCAUACAGUCCUUGUUUCGGACUUACGGAGCAGUUUCACCACUGAUUCGAUACGCGAUGGACCGCGCCACUGCACAGGAAUUAGAGAAAAUUAAUCAUAGUGAAUACGAAAAUGGACAUAUUAAGAAUAGCGAACAAAAGAGAUACGAUGAAGUACAAUCUAGGCAUUCGCCGUUUUGGAGACAGGUGUGUGCGGAAGCAUUUAUAUCUCUUGGUUCGUUCCUGCUAUCCUUUAGUGCGGGAGCAACAGGAGGAUUUUCAGCUAUCCUAAUACCACAGCUUCAACAUGAUAAAGGAAAACAUAAAUACUCUACGGAAAUGGUUUCAUGGGUGGCGGCCAUGGCUUCUUUUGCUUUAUUAUUUGGAAACAUGAUAUCAGGAUACUUGAUGGAUAGACUUGGAAGAAGAGCAUCGCAAAUAUUAUUAUCAGUUUGUUACGUGGGUGGUUGGACAAUAAUUGGUUUUGCUAGUAACAUACACUUGAUAUUACUUGGAAGAUUCAUCACAGGAUUCUGUCAAGGUUGGCUCGGUCCUUUAGGGCCCGUUUUUGUUGGAGAAAUUAGUUCACCAGUGUACAGGGGUCUAUUUUUAGCUGGCCUCUCCCUAUCUAUAGCCGCAGGUGUUUUUAUGUCCCACUUGUUUGGAACAUUUUUACAUUGGAGAAACGCUUCCUUUCUUUGCGGGUUGUUUCCUUUACUUGGAUGUAUUAUACUUUACUUUGCACCAGAAUCUCCCGCUUGGUUAGCAUCUAAGAAUCAAAUCGAUAGAUGUGUGCAAUCUUUUCAUUGGUACAGAGGUACUAGUAUAGAAAUGAAAUCUGAACUAGAAAAAAUGAUAGCUGAUCAAACUCAGAGGAAAGAACAAAAGAGUAAAUUGGCAACAUUGUCAGAAAAUAUAAAGAAGCCUGAAUUUUGGAAACCUUUGGGUAUUAUGAUUGUGUUCUUUUUAGUAACACAAUUGUCAGGAAUAAAUGUCAUCAGUGCCUAUUCGACCAAUAUAAUGGAAGCGCUUAUUGGUAAUAAUUCAAACACUUAUGCAGCAAUGUUGGCAACAGACCUUUUACGGGUUUUUUCUUUACUGUGUGCUUGUUUUAUACUGAGAAAAAAGGGUCGGCGUCCUUUAGCUAUAUUUAGUGGUGUCUUCACAACAUUGUCUCUUAUAGCACUGGCAAUAUACUUAUAUUUAGUGGAUGUACGUGUAAUAAGGCACAUCUCACCAUAUAUAUCCUUAAGCUUAAUGUCAAUAUAUGUUUUUGUAUCAAACCUAGGAAUAUCGUUACUACCUUGGAACAUGGUAGGUGAACUAUUUGCAACUGAAACUAAAGGUUUGGGUUCUGGCAUAAGCGUGAUGAUGACAUCCAUCGCAUUUUUCGGCACGAUAAAAACUGCUCCUGCAAUGUUCCAAGGAAUAGGGUAUCAUGGUACAUACUUAUUUUAUGGAUUGUCAACUUUGGCAGGAACUAUAUUUUUAUACUUCUGUCUUCCCGAAACAAGGGGUAAAACAUUAUUACAAAUUGCAGAAGAAUUUCGAUAUGGGCGUAAAGGACGAAGAAAAGUUAUAAAUGAUUGUGAAAGCACUUUAUAAUGCUGUUAGGUAAAAAGGUAUUUUUAAGUAAAUGUUUUUGAAAUGCCAGUUAAAUGUUUUUAAAAAUAUCGUUGCAAAAUUCGUGUGUUGUAAUGUAUAAUAUAUCGAUUUUUACUCGCUUGUGAAUACGUAGCUAAAUUAAUUAGUAAUAUUGAUAUGACAUUGAAGUUCUUUAGGAGGGGCAAAUAUUUAACCCAGUAAGAUAAAAUAUUAAAUUUUAUAGAGGACACAACUUCAAGUCAAGUAUCGAUUAGUAUUACGUAGUAAACGUUUAUUAAAUAGUCUAUUGACAGUAGUAGGUACAAUAUUUGUAUAAUCUCUUUGCGAUAUAUUGAAUCACUUAUCAAUCUGUUUGUGUGAUAAGAAUUCAAUACAAGAACUAAGUAACAUAAUUAUAGUUAUUAGUACAAUUGUUGUUCUUGUAUUACGUAAAACGGAGGCAACUAGAAAAAUUUGUCUAUGUUAAUUUAUAAUCAUUAUAUCAUAGUAAAACAAAGCGAAUUCGUGCCGCAUUGAUGAACCCUUAUUAUAAAAACUUGAGGUCUAUUUCACACUACGUUAGAGACGGACAAGUGGCACGCGUCGUCGCUAAAAUACAUACGUCUUCCUGUUUUGACACGUGGAUAUGACCUUUUGAAGAAAAAGGCUCUCAAUGAUUCGCUAACAUCUGCGACAAACUUUUUCGGCGAUCAGAAAUUCCCACGUUGGGACGCGACAUGUUUCUGUAGACAGCAAAAACACCAGGAAAACAUCUGGGGUAUGGAUAUGGUUAUUAAUAGAAAACCACAGAAAGUUAAAGAGCAUCGCGUACAUUGUAUAAUAUAACAUAAAGUUGCAAAGUUUAUUAAAGUGAUAAAAUUUAUAAAUUGUUUUAUAGACUGCUAAGUAAAUUAUCCAUUAAGUGUGACUAUUAUAGUCUUCAUUUGUUUAACGAACAAAUAUGAUUUUGUUGACAUUCAUUUAAACAGUACAAAUCUAUUAAGCUUUGUGCGUUGCUGUAAUAAAAACGUAUCUGAUGAUCACUUAAUAAACUUGCCAUAAUAAUAUACUGUGAUAGUACAGGCGUAAAUAUUUUAGCAUUUUUUUAUUAUAGUUAACAAUAGUUAAGAAUUAAGUAUUGAACUAUUUGAUUUAUUAAAUUAGUGACAUAUAUCUAUCUAGGCUUGAUCGAAAGUAGAUAAUGAGGCUAAUAACAAUGACACAGGGAGCUCAUGUCGAAAAUGUAGUGGUAAUGUGGGGUGAGCGUCAAAAUUGCCUUUUAUUUUCACGUCAAGUAGUUCCUGCGCUUUCAUUUGUUUGUUUCAUUGUGCACCACUUGUACUUGUAUAAUCAUACCGUAGUCUGUGGCGAUGGUGCGCUUAGAGCGGAACGAAUAUUUAAUAACUUACAAUAAGACACGUGGCAGAACGGAAACUGUACACGUGGUAUCAAUUAAAGAGUUAUAAAAAAUAUGAAAAUAAUUCAAAGGCUAACCCUUAGUGGGAGGAGUUGUUAACAUACAAUAAAGGGAUAUCUAUCGUAGAAAUAUUUAAUAAUCUAUGAAGUUUUUUUUUUAUGGUUGCAGUGUUUGUGUUUUGUAAGUUUUCUUAAAUAACAAAUAUAGCCAAGAGAAAAAUUAUUACGAGUCCAUAAACAUAUUUUUCGACCACUUUAUCAUCAGUAUCUAUUCAUUUAUUUUAAACUUUAAGGUUAAUGUUCAAGAUACAAGUUUAUAUUGUGAUCUAAUAAUAGCGAUAUUUUUGUGAUAAAAAAAUAUUCCAUUAAUACGAAAAUUUUCCUAUACUGUUUGUUAUAAACACUGAUAAAAUAUUACUAACAUAAACGAGAAACAAAAAGAAUUAAUUUUUGUAGGUACUUACGAUAAAAAAAAGUUAAAGCAAUACUUUACCUACUUGUUUAAAGUAAAUUAUGUAGUAAAUGACAUGUUUUGUAAAAUUUGCCUUGUUUAAGAGUAAUAGAAUAGUAUUUUUAUUUAUUUUAGAAUAUAUAAAGGUAUGUUCAAUACUGAAAA